AUGAGCGCCGACGAAGGUGGAGACACCACCCCGAUGUCCACCACACACGACGAACCUCACCAGGACUCGGCUACAAUCGCAGGCGCUGGCAAACGAAAGCGUUCCACUCAAGAUGACAAGCCCAACGACACCACGGCGCGCGAUCAAGCAAAUCUCCACGAAACUCUGCGCAAUCUAAUUGAACUCUUACUGAAACACGACUCCGAUCUCCAACUCCUUUCCUGCCCUUUUCAAAACACAGCCACCAAGCCCCGAGCGAAGCGCGCAAAGGUUUCCGGUGACCAAGACGCCUCCACCAUUCGCACGCGUGUCGCUUCGGACAAAUACAGUACCUUGCAGGAAUUUCUGGCUGACAUUGAAAGAGCGUCAGCUGCUGUGAUCGAACGCAACCAAACUCAGUCCAAUGGCACAAAGGUGGAUGGAGCACCUGUGACCGAGGUGGUCAAUCAGAUUGCAGCCUUCAAAAUCCACAUGAACAGCCUGAUUGGUCAAUCUUUCGUCAACCAACCCGAAGUCAAGACAGAGAUAUCGGAGGACGACAACGAUUCGUCGUCAGAGCUUCACGCAAUCAAUGUCUGCGCUCGAGAUGACAAACGCGCCCUGACACUCUUCGGGAACUCCGCGAAUCCCAAGCAUCUAUUCUCGAGUCUCCAAAAAUCAGUCAAGGUACCUUUGCAAUCUGAUUCGGGUCCCGAGAAGUUUGUCGAGGUGCAGGAAGAGCUGCGCGAGGCAGGCUUGCCCAACGGCAUCACAACCACCAAAGUCGUUCCCUUCAACCUUGCGGCUACACCAAAACCAUCCAAGCGAACAUUCGGGGAAGUGUUCGCCCCACGUGAAUCACUGUUGAAGCUGGAGCCUCCUCGCAAACGUUCGCACCGGGGCAAUGCAGCUACAUGGGUGGAUCGAUUCGAUGCUACCUUCGACUCCAGGAACUUCUUGGGUGAGCGGAGCAAUUAUUGCCUCGCGCCUCUUCCCUCUACACAGUGGCUCCAAUACGGCGGAGUCACCUCAUCGCCAUCAUACUGGGACCGCGUGGAAAAGCAGCACGGAGAUCCGGACAUUGCUCACAGGCAUGGGGAUCCCGCUCUAUGGAAUGGCCCUGACGUCUCUGCUUUUCUGGCUCCGGCGCAAUUGUACAGCUCGCUUCGAAGGAUGCUGUCUGGUGGGGCCAACGGGGGGGCACACCGCGUUAACACUUUACUCUCGAUACCAUACGAAGGAGAAGGAGAGGAAGAAAACACAGAGGCUGUGCGUCCAGGCAACAUCGGUGACCUUGAUGAGAGUAUCUUGGAUGAAAUGGUUACAUCCUUCAAUGCGGAAGACUUUGCCGCGAACCUUGACGAUACCAAAGCCAAUGGCGAUGUCGAUGAUGAAACCAAAACCGUCAACGAACUGCUUGGUGAUGUUUCUGAUCUACUCAACACACUGAGCUCCUAUCAACGCCUGCGAAGUCUCAACCCUCCGACGGGUCAACAAGGCCCCGAGGCAGAUGAAACCCCCGUGACUGACGAAUCAAACACCCCAUCCGAUGCAGAGUUUGGUGUGUAUGAGACAUUAAAGGCCAGCCUGGUGGCAGUCAUCAGCAAUCUUCCACCUUAUGCUGUUGCCAAGUUGGAUGGCCACCAACUCGCUGAAUUGAACAUCAGCCAAAGAAUUGUGAUCGAGACUCCCGACUACAAUGGUACCAUGGAGAAAGAUGACUACACUCUGUCUCAAGAACGAGCAGCAGCCUUAGUUGCAGCUGCGAACGCUGCAGGCCGAACAGCAACGCCCUCCUCGGCACGGCCCACAACAACCGAGUCCCUCAACCCCAAGCAGGCUUCCAGGCUACGCCACAACCCCCCACGCCAGCCUUCAGCGCCAAACACAUACGCCCAUGCUUAUAGCGCGGGCCGUCCUCCAAGCACACCCAGCCAGCGUCCCGCAAACACCCCUCAGUACUCGCAAGGAACCCCACAGUAUGGCCAAGGCAGCCAGGCUCCGUACCAACGUCCUUCGUCCAACGGGUAUCUCCCUGGACAAGCAUCAGCUCAAGGUACCCCACAACCUUACACCCCACGACCGGGACAGCCUACCGCAUAUAACGGAACCCCGCAGGGUCGAAUUCCCUACGCCACUGCCACCGCAAACUCGACCCAACGACCUCCGACCUCGAGCCAGACCCCUGGACAACCCGGCUACGUGAAUUCCGCUGCCGCGGCCACAUACUCUCGCAGUGCAGCAGAACAAGCUGCAUUGAUGGACCGCAAUAAGGCACAACUGGCGGCUCGUCAGACCCGACACAGCCCUUCCACCCCACAACCUCAGGGUCUUGAUCCCCGUGCCUCGCAGGAAGGCAGUGCUACCCCAGGCGCCAAGCAGAACGGCACACCUCUUUCGACAUAA